GAAGCAUUCAUUCAUAUAUUCAACAUCGUACUGAAAUAUCAUUCCAAAAAAGUCGAUUGCACCCGUUAAAAUGAACAACUGCCUUCAAAAAUUAUAUGCGCUUCUUGAGAACAAGCAGUUCUCGGACUGCCGCAUCAUGGUUGAUGGCCAGGGCUUUGACUGUCACAAAGUCGUUCUAGCUUCUGCGUCGGAAUUCUUUGAACGCAUGUUUCUAAGCGAUUUUAAGGAGUCCAAUUCUGGAGAAUAUAUUUUGGGCGACGUUAACCCGGAAACGUUUGCUGUAUUUUUAGAGCAAGUAUACACCCACGACACAAAUAAGUUAAAGAAGCUCACUAUUAGAAGUCUAAUGGAACUGAGAGAAUGCGCUACCAGGUUGCUGGUGCCAUCGGUGGCAACCAAUGCUACAAGCGAACUCUUAAGUCGUGCCGACAGUGUUGGGUUUGAGGAUCUCAUCGUGCUAUUUGAAAAUUUGCACAACUCAAACGAGGAUCUAAAAAAAAUCGUUUAUGCUCUAGCUCGCUGUUUUAAGGAUUCCCUGGAUAGCUCUGCAGUCAUGUCGCCAACGCGUAAUGCCUUCCAUAAGUAUAUAACUGAGUUACUGAGUAAAAUACUGUUUAUCAGAGGUUAA